AUGUCCACAAGUCUCUCUGCCGAUCUACAUAGCAAUCUGCUUGCAUACGUGCUCAAGCACCGUCGGCCGCGCAGGGUCGCCCAGAGAUCAUCAUUCGCCGGGAAAAAGACCCCCCCGACAUUAUCUUGCCCACCUGGCAAUCGAGGGGGCAAAUUCGCGCCACCCGCGGCGUCGGCGCCAGGCCCCGUGCUCAGGCCGCGCUGGUUAGCCGCCUCCAGAGAGCCUCGAGGCUUCAGUUUUGAGCCGCAGUGGCCACCUUUCAUUGCGCCCUCGCGCGCCGGGGUCUGGCUCUCGCGAGAGCCUCCCAUCCUUGAUCUCCUCGUCUGGCCUCUCCUCCUUUUCCUCCUCCUCCUCCUUCUCGCCCCCCGCUGA